AUGAACAGCAAAAGAAAUCAAAUCAUUUGUUGGAUUGGAGAAGAUCGAUACGUGAAAAAUGUUGAAAUUGAAGGAUCGAAUGCUUAUUCUCGUCCGAAUUCGCACUAUCCGCCAGCAUCAGUGAUCACUUACCCAACACAAUACCCGCAACGUUUACCUUCUGUUGGAUCUCAGCUGUACACUCAACGACAGUCACAACGCGGACGUGCAAAUUCGAAUACGAAUAGCAGUAACAACAGCACCACCAAUUAUAACAGUUUCACCAAUAAUCACAAUAAGCAGUCAUUCAAACGGAAUAAAUAUAGUAGAAGACGAUCUCGCGAAACGAUUCGAAAUAGCAUGGAUGAAGCAAAUGCGUCUUCGUUAUCGUUUCGGAUGGAGGUCGAUGAUGAAAGAGAGGAAUCUGAAGCUCAUUCACAGCCACACUCUCAUCCUCAGUCACAGUCUCAUUUGCCAUCUUCCGUUGGUACAGAAGUGAAGAGUUCAUCAAUUGAAGAGAGUGAUAUAUGCGGCUUUGCGUACGAUCCAUCAACGAAACGAUAUUAUCGUAUUCAGUCGGAUGCCAGUGGAUCGGCGAUUGGAUUUCGAAAGAGGGAUUAUGAACGGGUCCGCCGUGAAACCGAUCGACUAUCUCAGUUCCAAAUGACUGCAAAGCAACCACCAGCACCAUCGUCGAGUCAUCAGUUGUUCGACGUCAGUCCACAGAUAAAACCAAUCGUAACAUCUCUUGUUCAAGCUCGAGAACUUGGUUAUAAAUCAACUCAGAUAACGAAUUUUUUUCAUUGCGGUCUCAGCGAAUCAGCACUCUUAUCUGCCAGUAAUACACCGAAUUACACACGAGAACAUUAUGAUUGGAAUGAAACGGGUAAUCGAUAUGGGUUGAAAUUCAAAGCGACGGAUAACUCGAUCUACGUUCUCGAUCCGAAUCUGGUUGACAUGGUGACUGCACCAGUGGACAGCGAUGUCACGUGUGUGUUGUACGUUACGGCCAGUUCACGUCUGAGUCAACAGCGCAAAUUAACGACGUAUUGUCGAGUUUUUAUUGAACCGAUCCCCGAACUGAGCUCUGAGGAGGGUUUUGACGAAAUGAGUUCACCAAUUUAUAAUAUUCGUUGGACGUGUACUGAUGAAAUAUGGUCGUGCGGUUGGAAUGCGAAUAAAAUGAGAAUCGGUUUA